AUGGUCACGUGGUUCCUUGGUGAAGAGUUUGCGGCCCUCCGCGACGCCGAAGAGGCCAUCCCCCUCAUUCCCGCCGACGUCGCCGCCGCCGCCACCGACGCAAAUCGGGUGACCCUCCUGGCCGCCCAGAGCGUCCCCAAGUUCCGCUCCGAGGCGCAGUGUGACCUCUAUGAGGAGGCACAUGCCACUCGGGCUGCCCUCGAGUCAGGGCUUGCCCAAAUUCAGUCGUCGCUGCGCCAUCUGCGGACAGAACAUGAGAGCGUCCUGGCUCUCCUCGGGGAGUUGGUGGCUGCUGUGGGCAAACUGCCCACCGCUGCCGCUCCCACGGUCGCCCCAACUCAGGGUGAUGGGAGGAAGAAGGGGGAAAAGGAUGGGGAAGUUGGGGCGGCCUACGGGGCCUAG